AUGAAGUUCGCUGCUGCCCUCGCUUUCGCUGCCGGCGUCGCUGCCCACGCCAAGAACGUUACCUACACCACCGAGGUCGUUACUGCUUACACCACCUACUGCCCCGGUCCCACUGAGAUCGUCCACGGCGACAAGACUUACACCAUCACUGAGGCCACCACCCUGACCAUCACUGACUGCCCUUGCACCGUCACCAAGCCCGUCAUCAUGACCUCCGCUGUUGUCUGCCACGACUGCCCCACUGGCGAGAAGCCCGGCAAGCCCAACCACCCCGGUAUGGGCCACAACUCUACCAUGGUCCCCGUCUACCCUACCGGCAAGCCUACCCACGGUGGUGAGCACCCCGUCGGCCCCGGUGCCACCCCUACCGCUGGCUCUCCUUCCGAGGUCCCCACCGCCGGUGCCGGCAAGGUCGCCGCUCUCUCCGGUGCCGGUCUCGCUGCCGUCGUCGGUCUCGCUGCUUUCCUGUAA